GUCCGUGCGAUGCUGACCUAAUUUAGGUUAGGCUAUAUUACUAGUCUUUGGACCUUAAAUAUCAUCCCCAAACAUGGAUAGGUUGUUAAUAACCUCAUGUCAUAGAAGCCGUCAGUGAGUCAGAGCGGGUAGUGUUAUUAUCAAUGUGAUAAGAGUCACCACGAUGGCGUGCUUUUCGCCCCACGGAUGCUCAUCGCAAUACGACACUAGAGCCAAGAACUUCCAGAUGCCGAUUUAAAGCGUCGUAUCGCUCCACAGUUGCCAUGAAAAAAAAUUUACAGCUGGUUUCUGUUUCUCCCACACUGCGUACUGGGAGAGCAUCACUGCGACAAUGGCAUCGUCCACGACUCCUUCCACAGACGAGAAACAUGUCGACAUCAAAUCGUCAGCAACUAGUCAAUCAACGAUCAAGGGCGAUGGCGCGCUUCAGCUUCUCGCGGCGGGUGGUGAAGCCGGCACUCUUGACCCCGAGGCCUCGCACCGACUAGUCCGCAAGAUCGAUCUGUACGUGAUGCCGCUGAUCUGCGUCGUAUAUUUCCUGCAAUAUCUGGAUAAAAUCGCUAUCAGUUAUGCCAGUGUGACCGGUCUUCGGCAGUCAGCCAAUCUUCAUGGAAACCAGUUCAAUUGGGUCUCCAGCAUGUUUUUCUUCGGUCAAUUGGCGUUCCAAUUCCCGACGACCCGUCUUAUCCAGGCAUUUCCCCUUGCCCGAUACGUCGCCUUCAAUGUGACGGUCUGGGGCACGAUAUUGGCAUGCAUGGCCGCGUGCCAUUCUUUUGCUGCAUUGAUGGUAUGCCGUACAUUGCUCGGUGCUGCCGAAGCCGCGGUGGUACCGGCUUGGGUGGUGUUCACGUCCCAAUGGUAUCGUAAGGAGGAACAGGCUUUUCGGGUCGGAUUGUGGUUCUCGAUGUGUGGCUUUGCGCAAAUGUUCGGCGGGUAUAUCGCAUACGGUGUUGCCAUUCAUAUCGGCGGCGAUCCUACCGCUUCUCUUCGCGGAUGGCAGGUAAUUUUCCUCAUCCUGGGACUGUUCACUGUCGUGAUUGGCAUCUUGUUCUUCUUCAUCCUGCCAGAUUCGCCUGUGACGGCUGGGUUUCUAUCUCCGGAAGAGAAGGCCCUACACGCAGAGCGCCUGCGAAGCAACGUCCAGGGCAUCGGCAGUAACGUGUUUAAGAAGGCCCAGGUGUAUGAAGCGCUUAAAGACCCGAACACAUGGCUGUAUUCUUUCUGGGUUUUGGGUGCCAAUGUACCGAACUCCAUCGCGACUAGUUUCGGGAACAUUCUCGUCACCGGCAUGGGCUAUUCGCAAACAAAGAGUCUCCUUCUUGUGACACCUUUAGGUGCCUAUGAGGUUGUUGCCCUCAUCGGGCUGACCUACCUCGCUAUGAAAACUGAACAGCGACUCCUCUGGUGCAUAAUCGGCCACAUCCCGUCGAUCGUGGGUGCCAUUCUCAUGGCAACAACAGACAAGGCCCCCGCCCUCGUCGGCUACUAUCUCACAGGCGGCAUUCCAAUCGGGUGGACCACUAUCCUGGGCCUCACAAGUACCAACAUCGCUGGAUCAACAAAGAAAAUCACUGUCUCAUGUAUCCAGACCAUCGCCUACACGGUCGGAAAUAUUAUUUCGCCGCAGACCUUCCAGGCGAAGGAUGCCCCGCAGUAUCUGCCUGCCAAGAUCUCCAUCGUCAUCUUGUACGUGCUUGUCACGCUGGACCUUUGCCUAAUUCGCUGGCUGUCGAUCCGGGAAAAUCGCCGCAGGGACCAAGAAAAGGAGGCGCUGGGUGAUGCGUAUGUCAUACCGGAGAAUCAUGAAUUCUUGGAUUUAACCGAUCGGGAGAAUCCGGAGUUUCGAUAUGCGAUUUGAUGUUCAUCUGACAUUGUAUAUAUACCUCAAAAUUAUAAUAAUAAAUGUGACAUGACACGGUGAUGAAUGUGUAGCAGAGCUUCGUACUCCGAAUGAGAUUGUAAGUUAUACAUCAAACAGGAGGGCAUUGUCGGACAACAUUCAGUCCUGUCACAUACGCAAAUAUGGCAAAAUCGUAGUUGUCUCCGCAGUAUCUCCGCACAUUGAUCUGCAUUCUCCGCAAGGAGUUGAAAUUCAGGCUAAUUGCUUGCAUAUUGACAAGGUUA